GAAGGGAAAAAAUGCAACGAUGGGCGAAAACGGGGCAAAAGGGAAUCCAGGCACAACUGCAUGUGCUAGCUGCUAUAAUGCGAUAGAACCGGAACAACAUGUGGCCGCUGUUGGUCAGCUGUGGCAUGCGGAAUGCUUCAGAUGUUCGGUUUGUGAUGCACGGCUGUCGAGUUGGUAUUUCGAGAAGGACGGGCUGUUGUUCUGUAGGGAUGAUCAUUGGUCGAAGUUUGGUGACUGCUGUCAGCAGUGUUCGCAGUUUAUCUCCGGACCUGCGAUGUUUGCCGGUGAUCACAAAUUCCAUCCGGAAUGUUUUCGUUGCGAAUUGUGUAAAGUGUUUAUCGGCGACAGAGAAUCUUACGCACUGCUGGAACGAUCGAAGCUAUACUGCGGUGUAUGCUACAAGCGUCAGCAGAAAGUAUUGGAAGUGAAUCGCAAUGAAACAAUAGUUUUACCGGCGAAAGAGAGACAUAAGCUGCCGCAUUCCAUCCGGCUGGUCGAGAUACCCUGGAGUGGCAACCGAUCUGAUCGUAUACGCUUGGCAACGGACGAAAAACCGUACAGUACGUCCCUGAAAGGUGUUGCCAACGGAUGCAAGAGCGUUCGAAUAUCGGAGGUGUUCUGUACCGCUUACGGACAGCUAGGAAAGUACAUUUUUUCUUGUAUUAAUACCGCAUUGGAUUCCUGCUGUGGUUUGCUUCACUUUAGAGUAACGCUUAAUUCAGAUUUAAUGUCACUACGGGUAGGCGAAAAGGUACUGGAAGUCAAUGGUACACCCGUACGCGAUGUACCGCUGGGAAGUUUGCAAAAUCUCAUCGAAGCCUCAGCCGGUAAAGCACUUCAGCUGACGGUGGAACACGAUCCGGAUUUUGUUGAGCAACCGGUGACUGGUGUUAAAGGUUGUGAAGGAAUUCUGUCCGCUUCCUAUAGUGGUGUAUCAAAAUGUCCGGAUGCGUUGAACAAUAACGAGGAUGAUGAAUCCACACGGAGUCUAUCGCCCAGUAAACUUGAACGUAUAUUCAAAAAGAAGGAUGAAGGUUACAUGAGCGGAUCGUCGAGAAAGUUACAGAAACGUUUGAAGGAUGUCAAUUGCAAUACUGCUACCAAUAGUUUAAAGGAGAAAGAACGCAGCUCGAGCAUGUCCCGCUUGCUAGACGAACAUCGCACGAUGGCAACGGGUGGCGAAUUUUAUGACCUCUCGCGGACUAAAUCAUUUCGCGUAGAACCGAAAGCAGCACGCAUCUUCCGUGCUUCGGAUCUGGUGCAGGGCGAACUACUGGGGAAAGGAUUUUUUGGACAAGUGUUCAAAGUGACGCAUCGCGUUACCCAGGAAGUGAUGGUGCUAAAGGAACUGUAUCGUGUCGAUGAGGAAGCGCAAAAAAAUUUUCUCAAAGAGGUGGCAGUGCUGCGAUCGCUUUCGCAUCACAACGUGUUACGGUUCAUUGGGGUGCUGUAUAAGGACAAGAAGCUGCAUCUGGUGACGGAAUUCAUACCCGGCGGAUCGUUGAAGGAGCUGAUACACGAUUCAGGGCAGCCACUUAGCUGGGAUCAGCGGAUAUCGUUUGCGCGAGAUAUUUCAAGCGGCAUGAGUUACCUACACUCGAUGAACAUCAUUCAUCGGGAUCUAAAUUCGCUGAACUGUUUGGUGCGCGAGAAUGGCACGGUGAUAGUGGCCGAUUUUGGAUUGGCGCGUAUCAUCAAGCAACCGUUGAUCAGCACUACUGCUUACGAGAAAUGUACUGCAACACCGAACGGAAAUGGUACGAUCGGACGUAGGGGACGGCCGCGCCGUCAGCGAUAUACGGUGGUGGGUAACCCUUACUGGAUGGCACCGGAAAUGAUGCGCGGCAAUAAGUACGACGAGAAGGUGGACAUCUUCUCGUUCGGCAUCAUGUUGUGUGAAAUCAUUGGACGAGUGCAGGCCGAUCCGGACUAUUUGCCCCGGUUGCCAGAUUUCGGACUGAACGAGAAGGUUUUUCGGGAAAAAUUUUGCGGCCAGUGUCCGGAGCCUUUCUACAAGAUUGCCUUUCUGUGCUGUGAUUUGAACCCAGACAAACGGCCUCCGUUUCAUGUGCUGCAAGGUUGGCUAGAAACCAUGGCUACAGUAGUAGCCCUGAAGCGACCCAUUCCGACAAGAAUCGUCGAUGAAAUAGAGAACUUUAAGGAGCUGCAAAGCACGGAAUCAAGUUUGUGUACCACUCCUGAUGGCUUAACGACGCCACCACCAGCAUCUGGUGGAUAUGGUCUUAAGCCAUCGCCCAGCCGGAAGCGCAUUUGUGAGGGACAGGAAGAAGACCAAGCGGAACGGCAACAUAAGAUGACCGAUGUUCAAACGACGAGUCUAGAUAUGGUAGACGGUGUUUGUAAUGUGCCUGUAGACAGUAAUGUUCGUAUGCCAUAUGUCCCCACGAGUGCUGCUCCGCAUUCGGAAGGAAUAAACGGUGCACCCGCAUCGGUAGGUCCAGGUUUCGUUGUUGUGGAUUUUAACGAUAUACCAAAGUCACCACACCUGGGGAAAGAUUUUUCCGCCAACGGGGAUCGUAUACGCGACAGUAUACGUGCGAAGCGACGGCAACGAAUGAUGCUGAGCCGAGAGAAUCAACGAAAGUCGCUCGAUUCUAGUUUGUUAGCUGCUCGGCUUGGGACUACCGAUCAGUUUGCGGAUACUAGCUGUACGACAGAUGACGGUAGUGCAUCGGAACCGAUCAGUUUAAUCAUGACAAGCGAAAUGAUCGCAAAGGAAGGCGCGGCCAGCGUGGCUGAUAGACCAACUACGGAUCAGAUACUUGCAUCGGUAAAAGAUAGCUUGGAGCGUAAUAAAUCUCCACUGCAAGAUGUCCAAUCUACUGGCCAUCAGGUUUCUGCUCGAGACGGGAGUACGUUUGUGGAUGAACCGCUAGCUCAACAGAAAACGAAACAUUACGGUGAGAAAGGAUUCUUAAUUCACCUUCAAAAUGGACAUCUCACGCUGAACAAUGUGCGCGAUCUGGAGAACUGUUCGGAUUUUGACUCGAGUUGCGAUACCAGUUUGAACUACAUGGAGGUAAAUGGCAAUCGAGUUGACAAUGAGGUGUGUGAAUCCAUUGUUGCUCACACAGAAAUGUGUGUGAGUACUCUAACCCAUAUUCCGGGGGAUCGUGAGAAGGACAUCUUUCCUUUAGGUGAACGUAAAAAGUGUGAAAAAGAAAACAUUGCUCUCGAUGAGGAAUUGAAGCCCAUGCCCGUGGAAACAAAAAAGAAUUUCACUUCUUUGAAAGCUACCUCUCCGUUGGCGUCGAUUCUCCCGGAAAGUAACAGCAGCACUACAACGGGGCUGAUGGAUGGCAAUGUAAUGGCGGCCAAAAGAGAGGAAAAGUGCAUAUCCUCUAGUGCUCAAAAAGCCGUCCAAUAUACCAGGAAAUUGUUCCGCGCCGCUGAACCUUCAACGACUGCAAGUACGCCAUCAAGCUCUAAGCAUCACUAUGAUAUUGCUGGGACGCAUCGAUCCACAGUAACAGCGGGAUCAAAAGUUACCGGUAAAGGAAGUGGACAUGUGCGUACGACCUCGUCGGAACGAUCGAUAUUUUCAACCAAACAAAAAAUAUCUCCCACGUCCGAUCCGGAACCGCAAACCGGAUUUGGGGGCCCAAUUUCGGCAUCAGCACAGGUGACGGGUGACCUUCCGAUGGGAGAUCGCAUAGGCAAAUCCAAUGUUGUUAAACCAUCUGUCCAUACUACGGUGCAUUCGUACAAAUCUAAACCAAAUGAAUCUACAGAUAUGGGAAGCAAGGGACAAACGUUACGGUUAUCUUCAGGGAAACGCACUGGGGGUGUGGUUGGGAAAUCGGGGAGUGGAGGUAGAGCACCUGUUGUUGCUGACAGUGCAGUUUGUAUCGAUGAGAUGAUUCCAUCCACUGGUAAACCUCCGAUCAGUUGCACCGGUUCCGCUAAUUUGCUAAAGCUAAGCAAGGGUCGUACGUAUCGACCGGCAGAGCGGAUGACAGUCCACUACAACGAAGUUCGCGCCAACUCGGGCAGUAGGGAGAAGUAUACAUCGACCCUUUCGCCAACGGUUGGCAGCAGUGGUAGCAAUUCACGUCCAGAGUCCCCUUCUCAAUCAGCUCUAACUGGAAGCCGCUCUGUUACUGGCAGCAAUAGCAAUGGUAACCGCAGCAUCGGCAUUCUUUCCCCCGCUAGCAUUAGACGUCUUAAUGCUCGUCUGCUAGAGACACGGAAGGUAAAUACCGGGUUUUCGCAGGCUCAUUCGGUAUCGGCAGCGCUCAAGGGUGGUAAAGGAAUUGGCCCAAUGGUGGCUGGAACGAAAGGGCCCGGAAUGGCUAGAAAAGUGCCGUUGUCUCCGACUAGUCCGGUGCGAGGAGCUUUGCACGGUGGUCCCGUGUCCGGUGGAUGUAUUAGAGAGCGGAAGGUACUAUCACCGACCGCCCUCGUCAAGGUGCCCAAGUAAACAGAGUGGGAAAAGCUUGCUCACAAUUGAAUUGUACCUUUUAAACGUAUAUUGUCGUUUAAGACUCAACACCCACAUACACACACAUUAACUGCUCAGCUAACGAUCUUAGGGAAACAGGCGUUCGUUAUUGAAAGUUAUAUAGAAUCUUGACAAAACAAAAGCCAAGGCAGCUACAUGCCAAUCGCUACUUGCUAAGUAAUAAUGUGCUACGAUUCGUGCUCGUCAAGUGGCUCGACAACUAGUUACAAGACUACCUUUAAUGGGAGAGGAAGUGCAACCGUUUUAAAGUCGAUUUCUCAAAGCACCUUCUUAUUUAAGCACCUCUUGUUCCGGACACUACUCUACUCAGAUAACACCUCUCUUAACUCUCCCCACACAACAGUGCAUAGGAAAAGUGCGAAAAUCUGUACUAGUGCUGCAAGACUUCGUUCAUGGCCUCACGUUUAGUUUAAGUUAGUAUGACGGUGCAUUCUUUGUGUGACUGGGGCGGUGGUGCGAAUGCAUUGACACCUUUCAAACCCGCAAGCAAAAGUUGAACGAGUGACGAAGAUUUCACAUCACCUGUGUACAGAUAAAGUUAUAAUAUUUGUUAGGUUUUAUUCCAUGAAAAUGCCAUUUUUGGUUCAAGCACUACGAUAUUCCAGAUAUUCCAGAGUGACUGUAAAUUUCCUGUUCCUGUAAAUGCGGAAUGAUGGAUCGAUCAGUACAGGAUUUAAUAUUUUUUGACAAUGUCAAACAAUUUAUUUGCGUUGUUGCUUUAACAAUUUUUUAUGGAUUUUUCCCUCAUUUAUAUUCCUGGAUGAUCUCGCGUUCUGUCUCUUUAACACUCUGCCUCUUCCUGGUGCAGGAGUUCAUCUCACUUAUAUUUUAGCAACAGUCACGUUUAAAUCUGUGCAAAGUAAUUUUAUCUGCCUUUUAAAAAAAUAGUUUCUCCCUUUCCAAUUGUACUAAAUGUAUAACGACACGAUUAAUAAGGAGAUUCUCAACCCGAUAGCAAGAUGAAGUUACUAACCGGACUGUGAUAUUGUGGUAUAUAUAUAAAGCACGUGGUUAUAGUGUGCCCGCGUACAUACUUUUCUUUUUUAUGUUUACACUAAGACAAGAAGGCCUGCGGGCCACCAAGCCAUGUAAGAGAUUGCAAACUAAAAAGACAUUAAACACGUAACAGGAUACCAAGAUGGGCAAGUGGCGUUGCAACUGCUUAGCGUUACAUUUUUAUUGAGGGCCUAGAUUUUACCAAACUUUUUAUUCACAAACACAUCCUUUUUUAAGUUAGCCUUUAGGUAGUGGUUAGCAGUGCAACAACAGUACGGAUUUCAACCUUUAGUGAACGUUAGAUGUAAGGCGUGAGUGCAACCAGAAUGACCGGAAUAAGAAUAUAAAGCAACGAUGUUACGAUCCUGGACCGUAAUGCGAACAUUAUGCAUUAAUGCAAAGUUCUGCAAGAUUGUAAUUAGUAAUGUAGAUAGUAUAAGCAAUGCAUACAAGAUAGGUGAAACGGUUCCGGAACCGGUUAGAAUGUAAGGUAGCGCAGUGUACAAACCGUUCCUAUGCUCGGUUUUUACUAAACGUUGCAAAGGUUAUAAAGGCGACCAACGGCAAAGUCCUGCAUGGAAAUGAAAUCUACUUGAUUGGGAAGCGCGAUAAGCGGAAAGUAAGAAAUGUAUUUGAAAAAUUGACUCGGUCGGAUGAUCGAUAGAAGUGCAAUAAUAAUGCAACUCCCACAUCCAGUAACAUGCCUGUGAGGAUAGCAUAAAUGUGAGCCUUGUAUUUGUAUUCGAAGCGGAUAGGAAAAUUCAGUGACCCUGCAAUGUAUUUGAUACCCUUUUUUUCUUCGACUCUCGUACUUGCGAUGCAAAAGGGCUGGUGCGUGUAACGUGUAAUGCAAGCCACCUAACAUGCACAAGGAUGUAUGUAAAAUGUAUUAAUUUAUUGUUCAAUUAUUCCGACUUUCCGAUGCAAAUAACAAAAAGCACAGCACGAAAACGGUACACGUGAAAUGUGGACGCACAGGUGGAUGCAGUUGAAAGGAAGAAUGAUUUUUUAUGUCUCAUUGACCACUCUCACAAAAGGAAAAAGAAAAACAUGACAAAGAAUGAAACAUUUUGCCGAUAUUUACUAGUUACAUCCCGAUCAAUUCCGACUUUCGCGUGUAUGUUUGGAUUUUCUCCUGCCCCGCAGGGUAACCUUUUUGCUGGCAUUCUGCUUGGUUUUCUUUUCUGGUGUAAAUGCCUAUUGUUCCGAUUAUUUUUAUCGCGUGCAUGUGGCGUUGGCCUAAAAGUGCAUUGUUGUGUUAAUUUGUUUUACCAUGGUGCGUGUGUGGUGGAAAAUACUUAUGGAAAUGGAAUGCUUCCAAAGGCAGCGUCCUGCGGCAAGACAAAACAGAAAAUGUUAUUAAGGAUGCAUUAUUUAUGUGUUAUCGAAAACAACAGUUUACAUUCAUCCGCGCAAAACAAUAGUGCACUGUAUAACAAGGAUGGCACAAUGGAGUUGCAACGAAUGGAAUAAUUUACAGGAAAUGCAAAAUGGAGUUUUUCAUUUGAAGAAAUAAAAUGGAGCAAAAAGGUUCUUUCGAAUGCCGAGCAUGAAACAGGUUGAGGAACAGGUACAAGUCAGGGAAAUUGAAAUCCGAUCUGAAGGAAUACGUAAAGUCAUUAAUUGAAUAAUUUCGUUUAUGUACACGCCAACCAGUGCAGAAGCACACUGUGAGGGAUCGAAGGGCUAAAGCCUACUGCAAGCAAGAACAUCUCAUGCCAUUGAGAAGGCAGGAUACGUUUGAUUUGACACUAAUUUAUUAACACACUGAUAAAAUGUUUCUUCUUGCCAUCUGUACUCGUUGCAAACACACGAGCGAAUGCACGAGUUAAUGUAUGUGUUACACAUUGCUGGCUGAUUGGAUGCGUGUUAAUACCUUUCUAAUCGUAAUAAAGUUAAAU